AUGGAUGAUAAGAAAUUUCUCAAACAACAUAUUCGUCAUUGCUUACUGUAUGAGUUUCGAAAGAACAGUACCACUAUAGAAGCGAUGAAAAACAUUUGUGAAGUGUAUCCGGAUGCAGUGAAAGCUCGUACAUGUCGACUGUGGUUUAAAAGGUUUAAAGAUGGUGAUUAUGACAUAUCCGACAAGCCUCGCUCUGGAAGACCAUCCGCUCUGAAUGACGAAUUUUUGAAUGAGACUAUCGAAUCGGAUCCGCGUCAAAGCACCAGAAAUUUGGCGCAAAAAUUUAAUGUGUCACGUUCAACUGUCCACGAACAUCUCAAGCAAAUUGGCAAAACAUGCAAAGAAGGAAUUUGGGUUCCACAUGAUCUCAUGCUUGAGAACCGAACACAAUGUUUCAUCGUCUGCAGCAAACCCAAGGAAGGGAAAGACAGUUAG